UCUGCGGUGCCGGCGCCGCUGUCCCCGGGUGUGCGGCUGGGUCUGAGUCCCUGAAGGUCGGUGCCGGGUGCACGAGGGGCCCGGGGGUCGGCCCGGCUGUCCCCCGACUCGGUGAGAGCAGAGACGAGACGACUCGCAGGCGGGCCGCGACCUGGGCCGGGCCGGGAGGGCGGCUCGGGGCGUGCCGGCCGCAGGCGGAAGACGCUGGCUGCCCGGAGGCCGGAGUGGGCUUCAGGAGAGGCUGGUUCCAGAAGCUCCGCCGGCCGGUGGCGGAUUCCUAGGUGACGCGGGCGGAGCGGCGUCCCGGCAGCGUGAGUGAGGAACCUGCGGCCUUCCGAUUUCCAGAUUGUUCUUUUUUAAGCACCAAAGGAGGCAAGAAAGCUUCAUCUUUCUCUGCUGCACCCAUUCGGCCAAAAGGCUACACUUCAUGUUUCCAACCAAGAGUACAAAGCAGCAGCAUCUCAUGUGCGGUUGUCUCAUAUGUGUCUUACAUACAACACCACAUACACAGAGAAGAGUGAAUUCCCAGAUCCUAUGGUGGUGUUCCAGGGCUGAUAAGUUGAGGAGAAAUGUGCCAUUACAGGGCUUGGUGUCCUUUGAGGAUGUGGCAGUGGACCUCACCUGGGAGGAGUGGCAGGACCUGGACGAUGCUCAGAGGACCUUGCGCAGGGACGUGACGCUGGAGACCUGCAGCGACCUGCUGUCGCUGGGGCAUCGCAUUGCCAAACCUGAGGUGAUCUUCAAGUUGGAGCAAGGAGCAGAGCCAUGGAUGCUAGAACACCCAGGCCGGAGCCUCUCGGAUGUCCAGAUAGUUGAUGACCUAAUUAAGAGAAGCCGAGAAACUUAUGGUAGAUGUUUGUGGCAAACUGUCAUCAGCAGCAACAUAACAUCAACUGAAGACAGAGCUGAACUAGGAAAAACAAACCUGACAAUGCAUGAGAGAACUCACACAGGUGAAAAAUCGUAUGAAUGUAAUAACUGUAGGAAAAUCUUCUCCCAGAAGUCAGCCCUCACUGUACAUCAGAAAAUUCACACAGGCAAGAAAUCACAUGAAUGUGAAGAAUGUAGGAAAACCUUCUCCCAGAAGUCAGCCCUCACUGUGCAUCAGAAAAUUCACACAGGGGAAAAGCCUUAUGAAUGUAAUGAAUGUAGGAAAUCAUUCUACAAGAGAUCAGAUCUCAUUACACAUCAGAGAACUCACACAGGGGGAAAACCCUACGAAUGUAAUGAAUGUGGAAAGGUAUUUCGCCUGAAGCCGUUUCUCACUGUACAUGAGAGAACUCACACAGGAGAGAAACCCUAUGAAUGUAAUGAAUGUGGAAAAACCUUUUGUCAAAAGUCAAAUCUCAGGAUGCAUCAGGGUACUCACACUGGGGAAAGGCCCUAUGGAUGUAAUGAAUGUGGAAAGACUUUUCGUAAAAAGUCAGUUCUCACUGUGCAUCAGAGAACUCACACAAGGGAAAAACCCUAUGAAUGUAGGGAAUGUGGGGAAACCUUCAACCAGAAGUCAGCCCUCACUGUACAUCAGAGAACCCACACAGGCGAGAAACCAUACGAAUGUGAAGAAUGUAGGAAAACUUUCUCCCAGAAGUCAUCCCUCACUGUGCAUCAGAAAAUUCACACAGGGGAAAAGCCCCAUGAAUGUAAUGAAUGUAGGAAAACAUUCUGCAAGAAGUCAGAACUCACUACACAUCAGAGAACCCACACAGGAGAAAAACCUUAUGAAUGUAAAGAAUGUGGGAAAGCAUUUCGCCAGAAUUCAAACCUCAGGACACAUCAGAGAACUCACACAGGGGAAAAACCCUAUGAAUGUAAUGAAUGUGGGAAAACCUUUUGCAAGAAGUCAAACCUCAGGAUACAUCAGGGUACUCACACAGAGGGAAAACCCUAUGGCUGUCAUGAAUAGAGAAACAUUUCACCUGAAGUCAGUCCUCACUGUACAUCAGAGAACAUACCCAGGGUAAAAAACUCUGUGCAUGUAGUGAAUGUGGGAAACCCUUCUACUAGAAGUCAGCCCUCACUGUACAUCAGAGAACCCACACAGGACAAACACCCUGUGGAUGUAAUGAAUGUGGGAAACCCCUCUACCAGAAGUCAGUCCUCACUGCACAUCAGAGACCCCACACAACACAAAAACCCUGUGGAUGUAAUGAAUGUGGGAAACCCCUCUACCAGAAGUCAGUCCUCACUGUAUAUCAGAGACCCCACACAGCACAAAAACCCUGUGGAUGUAAUGAAUGUGGGAAACCCCUCUACCAGAAGUCAGUCCUCACUGUAUAUCAGAGAACUCACAGAGGUGAGAAACAUUAUGAAUGUGAAAGAUGUAGGAAAACCUUCUACCAGAAGUCAGCCCUCACUGUACAUCAAAAAAUUCAACACUGGAAAAAGGCCCUAUCAAGGUAACGAACGUGGAAAAACCUUUGCCACAAAUCACACCUCAGGAAGCAUCAGAUAAUCCACACAAAGGAGAAAUCCUGUCUGGCAGUGACUGGCUCUGUGUUUCUGAAAAAAAAAGAGAAUCUUUUCUCUUAGACACACAAUUGGCCCGCAUCUCUCAGCAUCCCACUAUUACAGAUGGCUUCCUAUAACAGAUCUGCCCAGGGGAAUGUGGGCACAGGGAAAAUUGUUACUUCCAGGGUUGGCAGCAAGGUCCACAUGAUCAUAUCUGAUAUCUCAAGGCCCUGAGGCUGAAGCGCAGAUGACCCCCAGGUUGGCCUUGGGAACCACAGGGGGGAGAAGGCCACCAUGACUGAGACAGAAGGAAUUGGUUAGAGAGCAGAAAUCUUCCCACUUCUGUUAUAAUACCUUCCGUUUGUACUUCCUGUGAGUGAGAAAUAAAUACCUUCAUUGUUGA